AUGUUACAGGAACUUGACAUUAGCCACAAUAGAUUGCGAGGGUCGCUUCCAAGAUCAUUGACGAAUUGCACGAACCUAGAAAUGUUGAAUCUGGGUCAUAAUUUCAUAGAAGAUGCUUUUCCAUUUUGGUUAGAGAACCUGCCCCAAUUAAAGAUUAUUGUCUUGCGAGAUAAUAAAUUCCAUGGUCCCAUAGAGCAACCAAGGAAGAGAUUAGCCUUCACCAAUUUACAUAUCAUUGACAUGUCUCACAAUGAAUUUACUGGUACUUUGCCAUCAAAAUACUUUGAGGGCAUGCAUUCAAUGAUGAUGGAUGAUGAAGACAAAUCAGUCUUAAAUUAUAUGGGCAAUGGUCGUGGUGAUUAUUAUUCAGUAACCAUAAUGAAUAAAGGACUGGAAAUGGAACUCGUAAAGAUCAUCACCAUCUUCAAAGUUGUUGAUUUCUUGCACAACAAGUUUCAUGGAAAUAUACCAAUAUCCGUUGGAAGACUUAAAGCCCUCUAUGUCUUAAAUUUUUCAGGUAAUGGCCUCACAGGUCUCAUUCCAGUGUCCUUGGGGGAUCUAACUAAGCUUGAGUCCUUGGAUCUAUCCCAAAACAAACUCUCUGGAGAGAUUCCUCAGCAACUGACUAAAUUGACAUUCCUUGAAGUUCUUAAUUUCUCACAAAACAAUCUAACGGGACUUAUACCACGAGGUGGGCAAUUUGAAACAUUUUCAAACACUUCAUAUGAGGGAAGCGGGUUUCCAUUGUCAAAGAAUUGUGGGAGUGUCCAGAUAGUAGAAUCACCAACUUUACCAUCCUCAUUUAGCCACAAUUUUAAGUUCAAAUUUGACGGCUUUGGUUGGGAAGCUGUGUUGAUGGGAUUUGGGUGUGGAGGAUUGCUUGGUUUGUUGAUUGGAAGUUGCAUUAUUCAAAGGAAAGAAGAAUGGCUUGUAAGGAUUUUUGGUGUAAAAAUGCGUCAACAUAGGAAGAUAUCAUAG